AUGGGCGUCAUCCAUCAAGUGCUGGGCGAGGCAGUCUUGCUCAUGGCCAGACAAGUCUCCGAGGCGCCAACGUCUGUCCCGUUGUCCACCGCGACCGCCACCACAAACCCGCAACCUUCGCAGCCCACAGCCAGCAACAAGAGCAACGACAAUACGAACCAGGGAGGAUCCAGCUCGCCUUUGCUUUUCUUUGUCGCUCUCGGCUUCGGCGUCGUAUUCACCAAUCUUUGGAUCAUUGUCGGUGUCAAAUACUGCUUCAGGUACAACGCUCGCAACAGGGCCAGAAUGACAAACGAAGACGGCGAUCCAAUCACACUGGAAACCGUCCAUCGGCCUCGAAGACGGCGCGAGAAGAAAUUAAUGACCAUGGACGAGGUCAACGACAAGUUCCCCAUGACCAAGUACAAGACUUGGGUAUCGGAGCGUGCCAGGGAGGGCCUGCCCACCGCCGGUGGCGUUUCCGUUUCGCCGAGUCGCGCAAAUAGCAUCCACGAGGCCGAGGGAAUUCUCCCGGAGUUGGCAAUCGCAAAGAGUCGUUUAUCCACAGACGCCCAUCCCGCCAAUGGAUCCAAAACCAAUACCCUCGACGCUAACAAGGACGAUGAGAAGCUUAGCAAAGAUGCACCUGCACAACCUGAACAAACCGGACCAGGCCAAACCUCGACGCAGGGCGAGAGACGUGGCCCGCUUCGAACAAGGUCCAGCCCAGAAGACGACGAAGACGACGACCAAGACGACGAGCACAUCGACGCCGCUCUGCCACCGGAGUGCCUAGCCGCCCCGGGUGACUCAUGCGCCAUCUGUAUCGAUACGCUGGAGGAUGAUGACGAUGUUCGAGGAUUAAUAUGUGGCCAUGCUUUCCAUGCGGGCUGUGUCGAUCCUUGGCUGACAAGCAGGCGCGCCUGCUGCCCGCUCUGCAAAGCCGACUACUACACCGCGAAACCCCGUCCCAACCAGGAGGGUGAUGCCAACUCCAACUCCAACAACAACGGCACCAGCCUUGACCCGCGCAACGGCUCGCGUCUCAACCUUCCCGGAGGUCUGCGACCCGCCUGGCUUCGAUAUCCCAACAAUUAUAGCAGGCCGUCCCUAGGCCCGCCCCCCCAUUUCCGCGACAUCAACAACAGAUCACAAGGGAGAGCGGGCCAAACUGGGCAGCCGGCACAGCUGGAUGGCCGCAGAUCCGCCUCGACCCCGGCCGCGUCGGUUGGGGGUGGUGGCAUGCUCUCCUCAAUCCGGCAGGCCCUUGGCUUCGGUCGACACGACGAACAGCCUGCUGCUGCUGCUGCUGCAACUCCCGCAUCAACAGAGAGGGUAACACCUUCACAGCUUGAAUCUGGCACUCGUGCCACUGCACCAUGA